CUCCUACAUUCUUCACUUUCCUUUUCUUUAUUUACUGUAAUUAAAAAAAUAAUUGGAAUUAUCCAAAAUAAAAUUUUAUAAGUUAGCUAUUCACCACUAAACAUAUAAAUUAAAUGUUCAAAUUCUCUCCUAAAACCCUUGAAAUCGCUCCUCUCUCCCAAAACCCUAAUUUUUCCUUUCCUCCUGUCUGAAUAUUGAAAACAAUUCCUCGUCUUCGAAUUAUCUCUUCAUUCCCAUCGAUUCCAAUUGUAUUUCUAUACGAGGGGCGAAAUUAAGGAUAUUCGGGUAGUGCUUAAAUUGACUGCUUCACGCCUUUGGCCUUCACUGCUUGUGCUUGAUAGUUGGAUUGAGGUGUGAAAUCGGGGAAGAAAAUAUGGUGGACAAAGGUGAACAACCCACAUCAUUCACUAUGUUGAAGAAAAGGAAGAAAAUGCCCAAGAAACAUCGUGAUUCUAAGAAAAGGAAAGGUGUUCCUGAGAUGGAUAAAAAGGUUAGAAUUAGUCAGAAAAUGCAGAAAUUAUAUCGCAAAAGGGCCAGAGAUUAUAAUUCAGAUGAUGAGCAAGAUGAAGUUGACGAUGAGCAUGCACCUGAAACUGAUGAAGAUGAUAUGGAGGCUGAGGGAGAUGAUUUUACUGGAAACAGUGAUGAUGAGGCAAGCCUUGGUAAUGAAGAACGUGAAAUUCAAACUGGGAUCAUGAAGUUUGCAGAAGGCUGUAACGCUUUUAGAGUAGCAUUUCACAAUAUCAUGAAGAAGCAUGUUGAUGAAGAGUCGCUGGGACCAGUAUUAUCCGCACAUAAAAAGCUUGUUGUAGCAAAGCUUGCGGAAGAGGCCAGUGAGCGCAAGGUUAAAGGAGAAGCAAAGAAGGAAAAGCACUUGGUUGAGGAGAAAGGACACGUAAAGCCGGCAAAUUUCUUAGAUUCACAUGAAAAAUUUCUGAUAGGUGUAGCCACAAAAGGAGUUGUCAAGUUGUUCAAUGCAGUUAGUAAAGCGCAAAAUGCUCAGAAAGGGUUGAAUCCUUCAAGUUUUAAAGACACUAAGGCUUUGACGAAACGUAGAAAAGAGGCAUUCAUGACAGAAUUGAAGAAGGUUUCUGGUCAAUCUGAGGCGACCACCAAGGCUUCCACUUCUAAAGGUGAAGAAGACAGUAAUCAACCUGCAUGGGCUCCGUUACGCGACAGUUACAUGUUGACAAAUUCUAAAUUAAAGGACUGGGAUAAGAUGGCCGAGGAGGAAGUGGAAGCGAAAGCAGAUAUCUGACCUAUGCUAAGGGAAUUGAAGCUGCAUCUGUGACGGUACUUCCAAUUUUAACAUUGAGCAAAUGCUUUAUCAACUUUAUCUUUUGAUCAGGGCAAUUGUCAUUCUAAUGUAAUGCUCCAUUAUUUACGUUUCGCUUCCUCCCCUGAUUUGUAACUUACUAGAUCUAUUUCUAUUUAUGUACUCAUAAUGAUAUUAACAUCGAAUUGUAUAGGGAAGCGAUUAAUGGAAAAAUGCAAAAGUUAAGAUA